AUGCAGGCAGGUACGGUCUUAGGGCAAGACACCACCUCAACUCGAUGCUCCUUCGUGAUCCUCUCUCUACCAGACAUCAGUCAGUCCCGUCUGUCCGAUAGAGCCACCCCCUUCGUCUGCAUCCAGACUAUGGCCCUCGCCCGCCAAACCGUAUCCCCUCUCGAGGACGCAGACCGCCGCGGCCGAAUGGUCGAGGUCCUCCCCCAAUCCGUUCACUUCAUCCCGUUUCCAAACCUCCGGCUUCUACCCCCCAAUACCAGACCCGUCGCCGCAAUCGGCACCCGCAACCUCAGCAACGGCCACGUCCUAGCAAUCGUGACCCCCUUCGGCGCCAUUCUAAGCGAAUUCGGACUCCUUCCAGACGAUAUGAUCGGCCGUGACCCGGACGCUGCAAGGCGCUAUGCGGAAACACAAACGAGGAGGGUAAUCGGAGAGUGCGAAAACCACUACUUCUUCUUCCAUCGCCAACCGGUAAAGGCGGUCGUCUCGGCUCCCGGCAUUGAUGGUCGACCCGAGUUUACGUGUCAGCUAGAUCAGAUCGUCCGCACCUUGACGGAACGCGGCAUCAACGCGCAGGUCAAAUUGUUUCGGGACGCGGCCGUUAGAGGUGGCGUGGCGCGUCUUUGCGAUCUCGGCCAAGGUUCGGUUUUCGUUGAUGGCAUGCAGGAUCCGGUGGCUAUUUAUAUGGGUAAUGAGAUGGUCUCGGGAUAUCCUGGUCAGCAACCAUGA